CUCUCUCUCUCUUUCUCUCUCUUUCUCUCUCUCUUACACACACAGCCUGUGACACUUUUUCCGGAGUCAUCUAAACUCUCGAUUCUGUUUGUGUUUGUGCUUGUGUUUGGGGUCUCUUGCGACUCACAGAAAAAGGGAACCAAAAAAAAAAAAAAAAAGAAUGGGUUGCUUGCGUUGCAUAGGAAAACCACGAAAAAGAUUAGUCAGCAAUGUAUAUAGCAAUAAUAGCCCCAAACACAGCAACAAUAAUAAAAAUAAUGCCUUUGAGGAGAGGAAUAAGGGCAGAGUUGGUUUGAAUGUGAAAGCGAAUGUUAAAAGAGAAGGCAAUUCCAAUGAUGAUGAAAAUCAACUUUCUUUGGACGUGAAGAAGUUGAAUUUGAGAGAUAACAAUGGAAACCCCAGCAACGUCAACAAAGCGAUGACCUUUACUUUUGAUGAGCUUGCAGCUGCAACAGGGAAUUUCAGGCCUGAUUGUUUUCUUGGUGAAGGAGGUUUUGGCAAGGUUUACAAGGGCCACUUGGAGAGCAUAAACCAGGUUGUAGCUAUAAAGCAACUUGACCCUCAUGGCCUUCAAGGAAUUAGGGAAUUUGUUAUAGAAGUUUUGACUUUGAGUUUGGUAGAUCAUCCUAAUCUUGUCAAGUCGAUUGGGUUUUGCGCCGAGGGAGAUCAGAGGCUAUUGGUUUAUGAGUACAUGCCAUUGGGAUCUUUGGAGCACCAUUUACAUGAUCUUCCACCGGGAAAAAGACCGAUAAGUUGGAAUACAAGGAUGAAAAUCGCGGCCGGUGCAGCGAAGGGGUUGGAGUAUUUGCAUGAUAAAAUGAAGCCUCCUGUCAUUUACCGUGAUCUGAAAUGCUCUAACAUUUUGCUAGAUGAGAAAUAUCAUGCCAAAUUGUCUGAUUUCGGCUUAGCGAAAGUAGGCCCAAGUGGUGAUAAGUCUCAUGUUUCGACGAGGGUUAUGGGCACAUAUGGUUAUUGUGCUCCAGAUUAUGCAAUGACGGGUCAGUUGACAUUCAAGUCUGAUAUUUACAGCUUUGGUGUUGUUCUUUUGGAGCUCAUCACAGGAAGGAAAGUCAUCGACCAUAGAAGACCUGAAAAGGAAGAAAAUCUAGUUGCAUGGGCAAGGCCUUUAUUCAAAGACCGGAAAAGAUUCGCAGAGAUGGUUGAUCCAUUGCUUGAAGGUAAAUAUCCAGUGAGAGGCCUGUACCAAGCUCUUGCCAUUGCCGCGAUGUGUCUACAAGAGCAGCCUAAUAUGCGGCCUAACACGGCCGAUGUGGUUACAGCUCUAGACUUCCUUGCUUCGCAGAAAUACGAUCCUCACACUUAUCCAGUCUCAAAAAGUCCAUCUCCAAAUCAGAAAAUGGAUGACCAAUGGUGUGUCGCAAGCACCGGUUCUGAGACAGAAAGGAGUGAUGACCCCGAAUGUUCUGUUAGAAAUGGUUCUGAGAUAUGAAGUUCUGGAGGUUAGCAAAAUGGAGCUCAUUUUUCUGAACACAAAACCAUGCUGUGACGUGCCUGGUUAUCAAUUUUGUUUUAUAGGAAAGAUAACGGGUGGUGCAUCUUCAAAACUCUCAAGCCUUUGUUUCUUCCUUUUAGUCCCUCCUCCUUCACCAUCUCGGUGUAAAUGUGAGCUCUGUUUCUCUUAAUGCAAAUGCAAAUGGUUGCUUUAUCCUCUGCAACAAUAAGUGACUUUAUGAUCUUCAUCUUUGUUAAACAUCUGCUACCACCUUCAGACUCCAGUGCAUGUGUUUGCAGUUUGAACAGAAUGUUUUCUGUGUUCUUCCAAACUCAAAUUUCCAUGCCGAUGUUCUGCUCCAGAGUGCCAAGAUGGAAACUAAAUUCACUAUUCAAGUGGAAAACUGAAUAUGAAUAAUUGAAUAUGUUAUAUGAAUAAUGAGUUCCCAUCUUUUUAUAGUGCAUAUUUAUUUUCCAAUCUAUAAAUUAAUAUAUUAUGUUAAAGAUCAAUGUAUAUAAUAUGAUCACCAAAACAAAGGAAAGUUUAUUUCAGUUAUUGCAUACGAGUUGGUUUCUUUUGUUAGAAAAAUAAUAAUCCUUGAAUUUAUGACUCUGUCUGUACAACGUGAUUUUACCAUAAAUAAUUUGACAAAAUAAC